CCUCGUUACGAAGCGAACGCAAAAACGGACAGUGAUAGUCGGUCGGACGUGGCGUGCGUACGCUUAUCGCGCUUCAAACUCGUUCCCAAGCCUUCCCAAUUCCCUUCCAACCAGGCACACGGUAUGACGAUAUAAAUAGCGAGUACUUACCAAUAACGAGGAAAAUGUGUACUUCAUAAGAAGAACGUAUAUAUAAGAGAGGAGCCCGAAUUUAUCGUUAUCAGAGUUUAUCGACAAGUUACGCGUGCUCGAUUACGAUUAAGUAACAAGCGGAAAGACAACAAGCGGCCCGACAGACUCCUAGCCCGACGUCGAAGCCUCCAACACGCUUGCCAGUGUACUAUUUCGAAUUUCCCGCCGUGCACAGCGCCAAUCGUCGAACAUCGCGAUCAUAGGUGUACACCCGCCAAUCGUUCGUGAUGCUGCACACGAGGACCCUCGCCGUCGCUGCAGCAUCGCCUCUCGUAAUCGAAAGUGUCUUACCGUCUUGGUUGGUUCGCGUGUCCGGCAGCCAUGUCGUACCCAAGCGUUCCGUCGGCGAUCGUGCCCUUAGCCGUGGCCAAAUAUCGCGCAAGGACAUGCUCGACAAUUACCAAAAGACACGAGAAAAGUACAAGUCUAAAAAGCUUCCCCUCGACGUAAAUCCAAAAGGGGUGUUUGCCUGCAACGAACUCGACCUGAAAGAGGUUCAAGUUUAUGGAUUCGAUUACGAUUACACGUUGGCUUGUUACAAGCCAUCCAUGGAUUACCUGUUGUACAGUCUGGGCCGUGAUAUGCUCAUUCAAAAGUAUAAGUACCCCGUGGGAAUCGGCAACCUCGAGUACAAGAAGGAUUUCGCAGUUCGUGGCCUGCAUUACGACAUCGAAAAGGGUCUGCUGCUGAAACUCGACAGCUUCUUGCAAAUUCAAUUUGGCGCCGUUUACCGCGGUUUGCAUCCAGUACCCGCCGAAGAGGUCCUUAGGCUCUAUAAAAACCGGAUAAUACCGAUCGCUUAUGUGGAAGCGCCUCAUAAACAUUCUCAUGAUGCACCGCACCGAACGAAAAUGAUUCAGCUAGCUGAUCUAUUUUCCGUACCGGAAAUGGGUCUUUUAUGUAACGUUACGGAGUACUUCCUUAGAAAUCAUAUCGAUUAUCACCCCGAAAUACUUUUCAGAGAUGUUAAGAAUUCUGUACAAAGUUGUCAUCCUAUAAUGCAUGGUUUGGUAGUACAAAAUGUAUCCGAAUAUUUGGAACAAAAUAAGGAUUUAAAAAGAUUUUUUGAUCGGCUUAAGAAAGCUAAUAAAAAAAUGUUUUUAGUAACGAAUAGCCCUUUUCAUUUUGUCGAUACUGGAAUGAGAUUUUUGGUUGGCGAUAAUUGGAAAGAUUAUUUCGAUGUAGUGAUAGUACAAGCAAGAAAACCGAAAUUUUUUACCGAAGAAUCUCGACCUCUUAGAAUAUACGACGAAGUUAACAAAACGCAGCUGUGGGACCGAGUCACCAAACUCGAAAAAGGAGUUAUAUACCUUGAAGGCACGGUUAAACAAUUACAAGAUAUGACCGGAUGGCGGGGGCAUCAAGUAUUAUAUUUUGGAGAUCAUCCUUACAGCGAUUUAGCGGAUGUAACGUUGGAGCACGGUUGGCGAACUGGAGCUAUAAUUACGGAAUUAACGCAUGAGAUUGCAACGUUAAAUAAUCCAAAAUUUAAAGAAAAUGCAAAUUGGCUACAAAUGCUGACAGGAUUGAUCGAAGAACAUCAAGAUUACGAAGGAACGGAUGUGCAAGCGGUACUCGAUGAAUGGAUCAAGGAAAGAGAUAAAUUAAGGAACGAGAUAAAACGAGUAUUCAACGAACAAUUCGGCUCUGUGUUUAGAACAUAUCAUAACCCCACGUAUUUUUCAAGAAGACUCUUCAGAUUUGCUGACAUUUAUAUGAGCUCAAUUACGAAUCUAUUAGAAUACGCGACAAGUCACACCUUCUAUCCGAGAAGAGGCGUAAUGCCACAUGAAUAUACAAGUUAUUUCGUAUAAUACUUGUACAUAGCUAUCUGUUAUUUAAGUUUAUGACCGAAGAUAGCCAAUGCUUUGAAGCGUGACAGGGGCUUAUGGAUCGAUGAUCAAAAGUAUUUCAAUCAAAACUUCCGAAUCGGACAACAAUGUCAAAAAUUAGGUAUUUAGAAAGUUAAAAUGCAUUUGCAUACAAUUUUAUGUAUAUAACAAGAACAUUUUGUCACUGCUUCGUGCGUUAAAAUUAUGUGAUAUUUGACGCAAAAAUACCUGAUAUGCAUAAAUCUACGUAUGCAUCAUCAUCGUUUCUUUUUCUUUUCUUUUCUUUUUUUUUCUUUUUUUUUUUUUUUUUUUUUUUUUCUUUUAGACAAUAUAACUAUUUUGCUCGAAAGUUAAUUCAUUCAAAAUGAAUUAACAUAAACUAUAUAUACGUAUAAAUGAUUCGUAUAUGUCGCGUUAUUAUUUAGAACGUCUGAAAAUUCUUGAGAAUAAAUUUACAAAAUUACAGAAAGUUUACAAAAGAAAAGAAAAGAAAAAUGGAAUAGUAUUACAAAGAGAAAAAUGAGAUGAUCUAUAUAGAACAAUAAAAAUGGUGCACUGCUUAUUCAGCAUUAAAAACUACGUACUGACAACAAGUACAAGGUGGUACUUUUAUCUUUUACUUUUAUUUACUGCUAGAAAUAUUCGCGCUGCUAUCCUUGGACGAGAAUAUUCAUUUACUUAACAAGAGGUAUUACGAUAUUCGUGGCAAUAGUGGUGUACCGUCUAGUAAAAAACAUAUAUUAUGUACAUAAUUUUAGCAAAUGUGUAUGAUAUUGAAAUCUCGGAAAAAAGAAAACCGCAAGAACAAUUGACCACAACGAAACCUGUCCAAUUGAAUAAUCUCAUCUAUAUAAGAUAUUUCGUUUUUAAACGCAGAUCAAAUAUUUUCGAGAAUAAAAACGUAGAAAUCACUCUCUCUUCGUAUUAGUUUCGUCUACUGUAAUAUUUUUUUCUUUUUUUUCUUUUCUUUUUGUUCAUAUAUAUGUGUAUAUAUAUAUAUAGAUUCUACGCAAAGAGAAUACAAUAUAUCCAAUUAGAGUAUAUCGAAAUUACUAAUAUAGAAAAGAAAAAAGAAAUUCCAUUUAAUAUUUUGUUUAUAGUAGUACAAUAGUAUGUUUUAAGAUUGUUUUGUUUCCGCUAAAUACGACAUGUGUUCAAAUGUACGUAGAUAGUCGUGAUAGUUAAUAAAAUUAAAUUUAAAAAAAUUUA